CCGCAAAACAAAUGCUACAUAAGAUAAAGUUUCGCGUGGUACAUAUAACAAGCCAAGAAGAGCAAUACCCGGCCAUAGAACUGAAUCACUCUUCGCCUAAUACCAGAGGAUGGCGCAGUGCGAAAAACUGCCCUUAUCCACAACAAAUUGUUGUCGAAUUAGAAAAACCGUCUAGAAUCCGAAAGAUUCAGAUACUUUCGCAUCAGUCACUUAUUGCUUCGAAGGUUGAAUUUUUUGUUGGCGACUCGUACAGCGAAGAUACAAUUAAUUUGGGCACUUCUCGGUUUACAAGACUUGGGUACGACUUACUCUUUUUCACUUUUGGUAGCCAUGUAGAGCUGUCUAACAACGAAGCCACGCAGUUUAAGGCAAGGGAGUUGAAGUCGGUUCAUGUUGAUGCAUGUGGUUCCUAUCUCCAAAUCUUUCUUUACAAAAACUAUGCAAACCUGGAAAAUCUUCACAACCAAAUAAGCAUUAUAGCACUUAAUCUUAUUGGAUGUUCGCGUGGUAUAGCGGGAAACUCUGUGUCACAUGAAAGUAUGGUGGAUGGUAUUAAUGUGUCACCAUUGGAUGAUUUGGCGUUUGGUAUUUAUCAAGAUCCUCAAUUGGGGGAUAUUAUCCGUCAGUUGCAAUGCCAAAAGUUGGAAUACGCACGUCGCGAAAAUUUCGACAUGGCAAGAAAGGCACGUGACGCCAUCCGUUAUAUCCAAGAGGUCGGAGAAAAGAUUUGCAAACUUGAAUUUGAAAAACAGGAAGCGGUAAAGCUGGAAAACUACGAAGAUGCUAAAUCGAAAAAGGAGGAAAUUCUUCAAAUUCGUAAUAAAUUGGCACACGCUGUUGAUCUUGACGUUCUCCUCAAUGCUGACUCGCACCCUCAGCAUUAUCCUCGACCCACUGCGUCUUUCAACAAACUGCCAAUUAGUUUUCGACAUGGAGAGCACUAUUCGACUGAAGCAGAACCCGAAACUAAUAUGGAAUCAUGCCUCACCGACCCUUCAGCAAGCGGUGUGGACUCAUUUUCGACGCACUAUGGCCACAACGUUGCCGACGAACGCCCUCUGCCUGCACUCCUCAAGAGGCAAACAAAAAGUGAUACGGAAGGAGCCUUCCAACUUGAGGAGAACCAUAAGUCUCCUAAGCAGGAUAACGAGUUUCAGGGUUUAUCCGAGGGAACAAAACGGCAAGCUGCUGUGGCAAUCGAUGUCGUUGGUCUUCCCUUGGUUCAGCUGUUUUACAGUCGGUCGUGGAAGCUACGAGAGCAGGCCUUAGUAGAUUUAGAGCAGCGGGUUUCUCGGAAUCCACUUCCACCUCCAGCGUCACUUGAGUUAAUGUCCUCUGACCCGGAUCCCGUUGGAGAACUGCGCUCGACUACAUUUCUUCUACAAAAAGCUCUUAGUGAACAGGUAUUGACUCUUUACCGAAAAGCUCUGGAGAUGAUUCAUCCUACUAUUGUUGACUUUGGUGAACGUCAUCACAUUGCGAGGCCGGAAGUAUUCAACUCGCUUGACAAGAUUGUUCGACUUCUUUUACAACGCACUGGCGAUUCAUCUUUACGAAUUCGUGACAUUACCAAGGCUCAGUUAAUUACAAUGGCCAAAUGGCCCAUCUGGCUGGAAUAUCAGAUAAAAAACGAUAAGUUUCGAAAAGGUGGAGGAUUCUGGCAUGAAAUCCUUCGACCCUUUCAACCAACUACCCUAGAACGACUGGCUCUAUGUCAAAUGCAAAUUGUGAGUGAUAUCUACGCCGACUUUGGCGGCUCGGACGAUAAGAGCGAGAGUAGAAAUACAUUUAACCAGAUUGAGGAUCUCGUCAUAUUCACCAUUCAGGCUCUUGAACACCGAUCGAAUGAGGCAGGUGUUCGCGAGCUGGCUGAAUCUUUGAUUGUGGCGUUGUACAGAUCAGAGGAUAGAAAUCUAAUUCGUCAGAUUAUGCCUCCGAAUGACUGGGAGGCCCAGCGACAUCCACUAUACCGACGAAUUUUUGCUAAAUUCGAUCAACUUGAUGGUCGGGAUCAUCCGUUUGGUGUUCUUCCACCAUCCCUCAAAGUGCCUCAAAAGCGAUUCGAUGAUCAAAACGCUCUAAAGCAUCACAGACGCAUUCGGGGGCAAAUACCCCUACCACCACUGAAGAACGGCCCUACGUCAAGAGAAUCCCUCACGUUGGUGCCCACUGAUUCACUCUCAGCGGCAGCCUCCCCACCUGCCACCAACAGCGAGUUGGACCUUCUUUUGUGCCUCGACAAGACUUGCAUCUUCUGUGGAGAACAGAAUGACGCCUUUAAUGAGGAGACGCUUGACAUGCACUAUUGGAAGUCGUGUCCCAUGCUAAGACGCUGCCCUAAUUGCAAACAGGUUGUUGAGGUGUCCGGAUUGACAGAACAUUUACUGAACGAGUGUCCAAAGUCUAAUAAGUUGGGUGGUUAUCGUCGUUGUGAGCGCUGCAGUGAGGCUGUUCCAAAUGCCACCUUUAUCAAGCACAAUUCAUGCAAAGCAGCACCGAAUCCUUCACUGCGCUGUCCCCUCUGCCACGCGGACUUGGCUGACGACGGAGUGCAAGAUAGCAACAACGAAGACGCUUGGCGGAUGCACUUACUGAAGGAGUGCAGACAAAACAGCCGCAUUUCACGUCCAUUGACAUCCUCUGACUCAGCACUUCAAGGCCCAUCAAUUUCUCCAGCAGCUCCGUUUUCGGGCAAAAAAGCGAUUGUCAAGCGCGUUAACAUUUGA